AGUGAAGCCGGACUGGAAAGGUACUUGAGUUCAGCGCCACUCUUUAUUGGUUUGUAAAGCUGUACGCCAUCGCUAUCGUCUGCUUGAAAAGCCAGAAAAGUUCCCGUAUCAGUGAAGACUGGAAAGGUAUACUUGCGUCCAGUGCCACUCUUUAUUGGUUUGUAAAGCUGUACGCCAUCGCUAUCGUCUGCUUGAAAAGGUAACAAUUAUUUGAUACUUUUCAAAUUGGGUUUACACAUACUGCCGAUUGGUCGAACACUUCGGUAUGCAGUCAAUCAUCCAAGGACUUGUCAAUAUAUUGAUUUUUGUGAUAUUUUUGGGUUUGUUGCUGAAGCUAAUAUGGAUGAAAGUUGUUAAGAAAUUAAAAUUCGUAGUUAAAAGAGAAGACACAGGUAGACUGGCUCGUAUAGAAAUCGAAGCCAAGAACCAAGUUUUCGAUUUGUUGGAGUCGAGCAGACUGCCGCUGAAUUUUGAGAAAGACGCAAUACUGUGUAUGCGGCGAGAGGGAGACGAUAAUGACGUGAAUGAAGUUACUAACCUAAAUGAGAUUGCAGAUUCUAAAGUUAUUUGGAUAGUAAAGAAAAAGUUUACCGAAGAAAUCUCCAGGGAAGAUGGAAGUGCAUUCCAUUCCAUUGGAAGAACCCCUUCGAAGUUUACGACGAAUGCUUCUGGCCAACACCCUCGUAAGCCAACCCAGCAAGAGAAACUACUGAAGAAGUUAAAAAUGCAGGCAAUGAAAAAUGAAACUGAGCGAGUUGACGGGAAAUCAACGAUGCUAGGAAACUUUGACAGUGCAGAAUAUGUGGUUCUCUUAGGAGAUGUUGGUUCAGGAAAAUCCACAGUAGUUGAAAAGCUCACUGGGGAGAAGGAAAGGAGUUCUGACUGCAGUACUAGUUGCACGAAGACAUCUGAACCUUUUUGUGUUCCAGAUGGCAGCCUCAUCAUAUCUGAUACACCUGGAAGCAACGCAAUGGAUGAUGAAUUGGAGCACAAUGUUUGGAUAGCAACCGCAUUCAACUACAAGCCAGUCUCAAAACUGUUCAUUGUGGUUAAAGCUGAGAAUCGCAAGGACAAUGUUAUCCAUAACAUAAGCGAAUACGCAAAUCGUUUCCUGGAACCCGCCGAAAUGGACGUAUUGGGGGUCCUCGUUACACACAUGGAUAAGGUGAAAUGGACGGAAGAAGAGUUUAAGCACGACGUAGAAAGAAAACUUGGUAUCGACACCGUUGUUUUCUCAGGUAUGGACACCCUCGCUGACACAUUGCUGGACGACAUAUUGAAGACCUGCACAAAGAAACACAACCUGACGGUUGAUGAUGAAAACUUUUUUAAAUUCUUCAAACUUCACAGCAAUCAGACGAAAAUUCUUCGCUCCACCCACGACGAAGUUAAAAGGUUUUCUACAAUGAAGAAAAAUUUCGACGAAGCUAGGAAGGGUUUCACGGGCAAGGAUCUUGUUGAUCUUGUCUUUGAGUUUCAAGCAUACAUGACUGACCAAAUAGUUCAGGCCCAGCAGAGGUUAUCUGAGAAGAAUAACUUUACCUUUUACGGCGAUGGUGCAACAUACGAAGCAGGUCAUGUUGCGAACAUGGUGAAUCAACUUCGAACGAUACUAUUCGAUAUAAGAGUAGAAUGCGUUGGGUUUCAAAGUGAGCAUGGUGUGUCAGAGCUGCGCAAGUGUCCACACUGUGGUUUGAUUUGGACAAAGGUAGAAGGCUGUGAUGGUACUACAACCUGUGGAAACCGCCCCAGCUCCGUCAACGACAUCAGAGAUUCGGCGUUUUCUGUUCUGGCGACUUUCAGCUUUGAAUGGAUCGGAAACAAGCUUAACAUUACCAAGGGUGGAUCAAAGAACGUGAAAUCUGAAAAAAGUUCCUCGUCCAAUUCCGCUGGCUGUGGUAAAUCAAUCAACUGGAGUGAUAUGGCUACCGUUGCAGUCCCAGAUGAGUUCAGUGAGACUGUGAAAGUUUGCACCAAUGAUAUAAAAAUGCUACCCCCUUCUGCAUCUGGUUUCCAAGACGAGCUGGCUAACUUGUUACAAAAAGCCAAAGGAGCGAUGAGACUAUCCAGCAAACCUUCUGAAAUCAAAGAUUGAACGGGUCUCAUGCACGUUUUUCUAACAACGUGGCUAAUUGUACAUAUGAAAUUUUUUAAUAGUUUCAACUUUACUUGACUUCAAACAAAUUGGUUAGCUUAGUUUCUUCGAGUGAACAUUUCAUCGUUUAGCCUUGAUAACAACUUAAAUAACUAACUUUUAAAAUCUAGUAUUGACUUUAGUGAUUUUAAAGAAACCGAGAGUAAAAAUUAUGAAUCCAGCUUAGUUCAUUCACUAAUUUUGUACGCGUCAUCAAAAGGUGGGGAUCAAAAGGUGACCCCAUCAGCAACUGGCUGGGACCGGUUGUAUAAAAGCCGGAUGCUGGGAUAGUGAUUUUUUCAACCGUUCUAAAAAUGCUUUAAAAGCAGUAAAAUUUCAGCUUUGGAACCACAAUUAUUGUUAAAGAGAAAUUAUACCCAACAACGGGCGAUUUCAAAGCGAUUAAAAAAAAGCACUAUACAGUGGAUAGCGCCAUCCCGCUUUCAUACAACUGGCUCCAGGGGCAUCAAGCCCGUUUAGCUUAAACGGUGGACAAGUCAAAAUUAAGUAACACUCU